UCAUGCUGUCUCUUAAAAAACUUAUACAACUUUUUCUGGGAUCGUUUUGUGCUCUAAAUGGUAUUCUGGAUUUUUAUGUGGACAUUGGAUCAGAAAGAGUGCGAUGGGCUUAUAGCCUAGCCAUCUAUCGUAUAGUGCACAACUUUGUGGUCUUCUGCCUAACAACAAAAUUCCUACUAGAUUUCUGGGAAGAUCAUGAGGCAGAUAUAGAAAAAUCAUUGCUGAUGACCUUAAACUAUCUUACGUAUUUUUUAUUGGUGUUUAUCGCGAUAGUCAGUAGCAUGUUUUGCUGCUACCGUUGCAAAAAUAGAAUCUUCAUGGUUAUCCAGAAGUUGAAACAUCAAAAAAAGCUAAGCAGGCAAAUGGGAUAUGAAGUACCGAAGGGCAAUCAGCUAUUUGUGGAUUCCUUGAUGUUUCUACUGACCUUUCUUUUGUUACUUCGCAUCACCAUUCAUGUUACAACGUUUGUAUUUAGCGGUAAACUGGGGUUAAAUCACCCCUGCAACUGCUUCUUCCCAGAGUGCAUGAUAUUUGCAAUGAAUUAUAUAAUUUUUGCCAUCCUGGUAGAGAUAAGCCAAUGCUGGUGGCGAUUGGAGUCCUCCCUCAAGAUGAUAAUGCGAAAUCCAAAACGGACAUCUAUUAACAACCAAUUGUACCAGAUACAAAGGAUUCACAGAAUGUUACAGGGCCUCAUCGAUUUAACUACAGAAGUGUGUUCCAUAUUCAAGUUUGCACUUCUCAGCUACAUGAUUCGCCUUCUUUGGAGUGGAAUUGUGGCAGGAUACCUUGUGGUGCGCUUUAUUCUUGGUAAUGGACAUUCAGACAUUGAGUUUACAUAUUUGGUGUUAGCCUUCAUCAUCUGCAUCCAACCUCUUAUGCUCUCGCUUGUUGUGAGUAACAUCGCCCACACAGCUGGUUUUCUAAUCGAAUCAGUCAAGGACAUUUUGAGAACGCCGCACAAGCAAGGGGCUCAGGUGGAGCGAAGUAUCGAAUGGUUUAUGCUGCAAUUAGCUUGGCAGCACACUUACAUCUCUAUUUUUGGCACAUUUCGAAUUAAUCGGUCGUUGGCUUUCCAGUGUACAUCGGUCAUCCUGUUGCAAGUGGUCUAUAUGGUGCAAAGUGACUACAUUUUAAUGACUAAAAAAAUUUAAUAAGCCACAAUAUAUCUUCAAGUUUUUCGAAUAAAAAACAACCCAUUUAAACCUUUCCAUAAAAAACGCUUUUAGUUAGUUUUGAAAGUAUCAUUUUGCUCUUGUCUUUUCUGUUUUUAUUUUAUUAUAGAAUUUUUAUUUUGUUUAGCUUAUUUCGUACAAUUAGUUGUUUACGAUUUUAUUCAUUCUGAUUUCGAUUUAUUGUUUAAAAUCAACAUUCAUAAACACGUCCAUUUAAAUGAUUUUAGAGUUUCUUUUGCAUUCUUUGUUUCUUGUAUAUUUUCAUUCGCUUAAAAUAGUUUCUUGAAAAUGAUUUUGCUUUGUGGGAUUUCAUAUAGCGUGUGAAUGGUGUUAGACUUAAUGCUUCAGUGUGAUGAGGGUGAGUGAAUGAUGGAUCCUUAGGUUUACGUACAUAUGCAGAGAGGUGUUCCGUGGACAGACACCUAGUACAAAAUGUGCACAUCCUAUCGGACACACUGCUCCUAAUGUUUAAAAUGGUAUAUGGUGUGUCGAUCUGAAGUCGGAGUUAACAUGAAGCAUAAAAAGCCAACCGAGCAACAAGUACUAAAGUAUCCCUAUAUCCCUAGCUGCUGUGAUUUGUAGCUUCGAUCUGUACAUUGAGUGUAAAUAUACAAAUAUGCCAUUCUUUUUUGUUUGCCUGUAUACUCGUAUAUAAAGACGCAAAAUAUAUCUAUUUAUGAUCUGUAGUUUUGUGUGUGAGUUAUGUGUCUUUCUCUCGCCUUUCACUUUCUCCUUUCUCUAUUUUUGUAUGUCUAAAAAUGUUCUCCGUUUAGUUUCGGUUGCAUUUGCUGCACAAUUUGCUUUGCAAAAAAUAUAGUCACACACCACACGCACACAGGCCCGCAGCAGGAUGUGCAGGAUGUGUGUGUGUGCAUGGGUGUGUGAGCGCUCUCUAUCUUUUUCAGUUUUGUAGGUACUCGAUUCUCACCAAUGUUUAAUUGAAGUGUUAAACAUCUCUGCUGCUCUGUAUUACGGAUAUUCGUUAUGUAUUUAUGUUUACUUUAUGUUUGGGUUAGGGUUAACCAGUGGUUUUCGUUUUUCGGGGGAAAAGAUUUUGUUGGGUCCUCGAGUUUUAGCUGCUAUUACAUUAGUUUCGGUGUGGACUUAAGCUUUUCAAAUUGAGACAACUGUACGUAUGAUUAAUGCACAUCUAUGUAUCUAGGGUAUAUGAACAAUCAUUUGCCGUCAGAAGGGAGUUCUUGCUCUUUCGUUAGCUAUUCAUAAUUUCGGUUAGAUAUAUGUAUGCAUAUGGUUUAUAUUUAUAUAUUAUCUGUAUUUAAAUAUAUACUGUAUACAUGUAUAAUUUAUAUGCUUAUAUAGCACCUGCUGCUGCUGCUGAUGCCGCACAGUGGCUGUUUUUGUUUUUGUUUUUGUUUUUUCUUGGUUUUAACAUGGAAUAUACACGACACUUAGUUGCUGGUUAUUUACUUGGUUUCAUAUGGUUUUCGUUUGGAAAUGCAAAACUCCGUAUUACGCUAGCUCGUAAUUAUAGUAUUAUCUGUAUCUUUUUCUGUAUCUGUGUCGUCUGUGUGCUUCUCUGCUCAUCUUUCACCUGCUCCAGGCCUAAUUUCGCCUCUGGCUAAUGGGCGUGGCUGGGUAAUGGCACGAAUGCUGCCCUCACCCCGCCAAAUUGCGCCUCUUUUGUACCUUGUUAUGUGGUGAUCAGUGGCAGCGAUCCUGUUGAUCGCCGCCUGCCAUUAAUGUAAUGCUCUAGCCUAACUUCGCCGACAACCAGUUCAACUAGUUGGCUAGUCCAAGCAGAACCGAGAUAAGUACACAGUUGGGGGUAAUAGAAUAUUUUGUAACAGCAAACAAGUCAACAAGGUUAAACAAAAACAAGGAUGAAUCGAUCUGAUUUUUGGGUACGUUACUUCUAUAUAGAUGUAGACACAACAACAAGUAUAUAUUAUAUCAUAGAUUCAUCUCGUUAUUCAUCGCUUACGUACUACACAUAAAAACACGAAAAGUUCAAGGUGAUUGAUGAGGAGUGGCUUUUGUGUGUGCUGGGGGAUGCCCCUAAUGCUAGACAUACAAAUACAAAUACAAAUGUGGUGGGUAAGAGGGGGUAGUGGGAGCGUCUAAAUUUAAUCAAGUCGAGUCAAGUCAUUCAAAGUAUCUCUCAUAUCGCCCUAGAUCCUAAUAAAGUUCUCAGUUAGCCCAAACCUAAACCGAUUAUUGUUAAUGUUACAUAUUAAUUGUUAAUUGUUAAGUUAUUAAAUUUUAAUUUUUAGGAUUAACUUUGACGCCCACUUCUUUCCGUUUCUCGUUUUCCUUUUUCUGUUUUUUUUUUUUUAAAUGGGCACCAUUGAGUUAACCCAUAACAAAAAGUCUUUUUGAAAUUAAGGAUGCAUUUAGCCAAUUUUGAAGACAUCUAGUGGUUUCAGUUGCCAGCCAAUCAAUGCAAAAUAAUUGAAUACGAUUUCGGCCGAAGUUCUCAUCAUCAUUAACGCUCGCGUCCUUUCAGUUUUCAGUUAUCAAAACAAUUGUCUUUUGCCAAUUAUCAUAAAUUUAAAUUGUAAAAAAGUUACAACAACUCUUGGGUAGAAAAACUUAUUUAAAACCUAUUAUUGAAAUUAUGCUUUCGCUUAACUUAAGCUCUGCCAUCUCACUGGUGGCUGAGGCCUAUGUUAGAUGAUUUCACGUCUGAUAGUCGUGAUAUUCACUAUACAUAAUCUCGCUUCGUAUUUUUGUUUUUUUUUUUUGUUUUUGGUUUUGGUUUGAAGUAUCAGUCAGUUCACAAGAAUGCUCUAAUGUGUGCAUGAUGCAUGAUUACAAAGGGUAUUUGAUUGUAUAAACAGCUUAUUGCUUUCCUCGAAUUUAAGUGUAUGUUUUAUUUUUUUGAAGCAGAAUGUAAUGAUUCGAAUGCGGUUGUGUGUUUGUUUUUCGUUGCUGGCAGUGUAGAGCACUUGUUUCGAUUUUCGUCCAACAACUUUUUACAUCAACGCCGGGGGGUAUGCUAUGAAAAUGGCAGCCCCCAGGAUAUAGCUCCUGCUUAACCCGCUUCUGUUCUGUUCGAUUCUCAUCGAUGAAAAAAUGGCUUGAUGCGACUGUGAUGUAGAAUCAAUGGGUUUUUGGUGAAAACGCAGCCAAAUAAACGAUGCGCAAGUCUUUUGCUGGAUACUCACUAAACUAACCGACUUAAUGCACUUAAUCUUAAAUGGAAUUCAAUGUCUAGCACCGUUAGCUGCCUGGCUGAUAUGCGUGAGUGUGCGUGUGUGCCGUGUAUGCAUGUGUGUGUGUGUGCUCUUGGUGUGUAUAUAUCAAAAUGAACAAGUCAAAUAAAUCAGCCUUAUAUUGAAUGCAAUUUUGUUUUAAAACUAAUUUCGCUUUCCAAUUAUCCAAAAAAUGAACACCAACACACACACAAAGACGCCCAGGCCGCAGCCACGGUCGCAGAGCUCCGAUUUUAGCCGGGAAUCACAUAGAAUAUCAGCAUAAAUCCCAAAAAAUCAGCUCUCAGACACUUUUGCCCCUAGCUACACACCUAAAUGUACUGUAUAUGUAUAUAAUGUAUCAAGUAUUAAUUACUUAGUUAUCGUUUAGUGGAUGCAACAUACCGCGCUGAACCAGCAAUCGCUGCGCCGGACGCAAGUCCGGCUGCCAGCUGCCGUGAGAUAUCUAAUUUUAAACCGAACUCGUUCCUCCUUAAGGGACUACACCGAAUCCAUCUUAAUCUUAGAGUUAAUGUUAUGUUUACACAUCAAUAACGACGAUAAAUAUCAGAAGAAAUAUCAUAAGUGUUUCCAUCUACAUGCAAUAUUCUGCUUACACGUACACGGGGGGCAAAUAUGCCCGAUAAUAUUAUAUGUAUAGCUAGUUUUCUUCGCUUUAGAGAUAAACACAUCGUUCUGUUCUGCUGCUGUGUCAAGUGUUAGCACUUCUUUGUCUGUACAUCUGUCUUAGGAUCGACUUAGAUCAGCGGAAAGUAAACUGAACUGAAAAUGAACUAGCACGUUCUAAUUCUAUCAAUAGAUGCAGUAGAAAGUUGUACAAUAUGUUUCGAUACGAUACGAUACGAUCUGUUCUACGUCUGAGACCCUGGGAGAAACCGUGUCUGUUCGAGAAAUGCACUCAUCGUCUUCUUAUAGAGGGGGGGAAACAGGAUGAAGUCUCCGUGAAUCCGGAAACCGUUCUAUCCGAAACAAGGAAUAAUUGAAAAUGGAAAACCAAAGUUGCAACUGAAAAGUGAAAUCAUAAUAAAAACAAAGUGGUUGGUUUUUGUUUUGUUUAAUUAUAAAUAACAAUUGUAUAUUUUUUAAUAAAAUGGGUGUUCUUGUUGUUGUUGUGUUGUAUUCUUUUCAAGAAAAAAAUUAAAAAGAAAUAUUAUUUCUCGCUAUUGAAUGAAUCUAGCAUUCAUGUUCGAUGGAUUAGAGCUUUUUGACCUUUACUGAUAUAUAUAUUUCUCAUAUAUAUAUUUUCCUUCAUUAAUCUUUAUCCCUUCUUCAUUAAGCAUUAGUUGGUUGCUUCGUCUGUGUUUUGUCAACUCUCUGAUGUUUCAUUUUCAGGCCAAGUUAGUUCGCAGAUCGGAAAUUUGAGGAUAUCCUGAUCGAGCGACUUAGCUUGCCUUGCAUUUCUUGCUCUUUUCGUGAUUAUGGUAAUCGUACACAUAAAAUAGUAAGAAAUAUUAGCGAUAAUUCUAUAAUAAUGGAUAGUUUUCUUUCUUUCUUUCUUGAUUUUUUUUGUUUGUUUAAAAAUAUCACUUAAGUUUAAAUAAUUUCCAGAACGCAACGAAAUAGAUCGAGUGUACGUACUUAACUACGCUUUUGUGUGUGUGUGUGGGUGUAGGUGUGUUUGUGUGUGGUGCACGAAAAUUAGCAAGAAAAACAAUAAUAAUGAUGACAAUAAUCAUACUCGUAAUCAUAAUCGUAAUAAAGAAUAGACGCCCCGACGGGCGACAGACAAAAAAUAAGUAAAAUGUAUUGCAUUUUCUCCUUUUUUCAGUUGCAUUUUACUCCGUUUGUUUACAAAUCGUUCUUAGUGUUUGCUUUUGUUGUUGGUUUAAUUAAACUUAUAGUUAAUAAAAACGAAAUACAAGUGUAAAAAAUGUUGUUAAACUUUUUCGCAUUACACAAAAAAUGGCCACCAUUAUGAAUUUCAUUCAAAUCACGGCAAACAAUUUCAAUGAAAUUUUCGUUUGCGUGUUUUACUCCUUACGGUUUUUUGUUUGCUUAUUUUCCUUUUCUUUUUGCAUACUUCCUCUUAUCCCUCAUCUAAUCAUUUUCCCCGCUUUUCCGUAACUUUUCCCCAUUUUCAUUUUCAAAAACUUUUUAAAGCUGCUGCCGCUUAAGCUCAAUUUUUCUCCAUUUUUCCCAGUUUUCUCUAUCCAAUUAAUUGUUUUCCGAUCGCGUUUCGGUUUUAACUUGGAUUUUCUAUCCCAUUGCACUUCUCUCCCUCGUCCUUUCGUCCUUUCGUUUGUUUAAGUGUGUGUUUAGGGGGUUCUAUAUUUACAUAUUCUAGACUUUAGUUUGUACUUCCAAUUUGGUUAAGAAUUCCUUGUGUAUUUUUAUUUCUUCUUCCGUAAAUUCUCCUGCUCUUCAAUCUCAAUCUCUGGCUAUCCUUCGAUAGACUUUAUUUCUAUUUUCUAUCUUCUUCUUAUAUAUCCUCGCAAACCUCGCUAGGUCCUUUGUGACGUCAUUGUUUUGUAUAUGUAUACCGUAAUUUGAACAAUUCACAACAGUUGCACAACGCAAAAAGUUCAUGGUUUUUGUUUGUUUUUCUUUUUUGUUGUUUUAAAUCUUAGUUUUUAGUCAUAAGUUUUAUUAAAAAUUAAUCAAUAGACGAAUUUAGCUCAUGUUUCGUUUUUUGUGUGUUUGUUUUUAGAAAAUAUCAACUUAACAAUGUAUUAAAAAUUUGAACAUGUUUGAAAGUGUUUUUCCUUCUGGCUCCAAUAGAAAUUUUGACGGUUCCCUUUUUCUCGUUAAGGAUUUAA